UUUCUUAAACCCGCUAGUUUUGGAACUCAAGGUCAACCUGUCGUAAGAUGCCUAGCACUGUGAACAUUGAGAGGCAUAAGCUAAAUCAAGCAAUGUAUCAGAAACUGAAGAAAUACAUUAUGAGCAAACGAAAACGGGAACAAGAAGGAUUCACCCAGAAAAAGCUCAAGAUGCCAUUGUAAAGCGUCUGAGACGUGAAAGAGAAGAAUCAAAGCGCCAAGCCGAAAUGGAUACAGAAAACUUGGAAAGUACUAAAAAAGAAAUUUCGGUGACUCGCAAACGUUUAGAGGGACUUACAUCCAAAAGGAAUGAGCUGUUUCAGCGUCUAAAACAGAUAGCGAGUGAAGAAACAAGCUUACGAGAAAAGCAAAAAAGUGAAACAAUGGCUUAUUUAGCAAGUAUGCCGUCAACACGAUUCGGUUUAGAUUCGAAUAAUACCGGAUCAUCGAAUCGCAUUACUGUACCUCAAACCACAUUAACCUCAUGUGUACCUUUGCAAGCACAAACUGUGCAGCAUGUAUCCGUACCAAAGUCAAACCUAAAUACCAAUGGACCUGCGUCAAUACCUCACAAUAAUUCUGGGACUAUAAGUGGCUCUCCGUCACCUCACAGACCUCAUCACCCAUCUUUGUAUAAUUUAAAUGGAUCAAAGACUACGAUGUCGACUCCGGGAAGUUUAAGCAUGCAACAGCCCUUGACAACUGUAUCGAACAACUCGUCGACCACAAUGGCAGCUGUAGUAGCUGCCGUUGCAGCACAACAGAGGUCAAUGCCUUCUUCCGAUCCGGGUUUUCCACCAACAGCAGCUGCAGCAGCUUACUUCAAUGUAAUCGCUUCUCUGGCAAAUUCACCUUCAUUAACAGGGAAUUCCUUGGGUAUAGCUUAUCCCAAUUCUUCCGUUAGUCUUGCUGAAGUUGUAGCUGCUCUUGCUGCAUCAGGGUUGUGUUCUCUUCCAGCAUCACUUUCUUCUAAUCCAAUUCCAAUGUCAAGUGGAAAUAUGACCCCAAACUUUGCAUUUGGUAAUCGUGCCUCCCCAUCUAAUCCAGAUGGCCAUCAGAUUCGUGAUACGAUGACAACACUUUCAUCUGGAACCAUGCAUCCAGGGUUAACAUAUCUUCAAAAUCCAAUGCAAUCAACCAAUUUAUCAAAACACCCAGCGGUAUCCAUCCACCAUAACACUAACUUUGAUUUGGGGAAUGCCACAUUGGAUACAGCAAAAGUUUGCUUAGCUCAGAUAGCAGCAGUAGCAGCUGCUGGAUCCAAUACUAACAAUAAUAAUAUUAAUAAUGGAAGUUAUAUGAACCAUCAAAAUAUCCUUUCAAAUAAUCAACAAUUACAGAAGGCUCAUCAAAUUCUACGUUCACUUAAUGCUUCAAAUACUCUAAUAUCUCCUCUCUUAGGUGGUAAUACUUCAGAUUUAGACGUUUCUCAAAAUACUUCUACAACUACAUCAACAACAGUAUCGAGUAGUCCAUUAUUACCACCAGCUCCAAUCAGUUAUCGAGGAAGUAUUACCACUGGGCAAUCUGCUCAACAAAUUCAACUUCAACAACAAGCUCAUCAAAAACAACAACAUAAUAUGCCAAAGUAUAUGACAACACAAAUUGAUUAUAAUUCAACACGUGGUUCUUCUGGUGUUCAAAAUAUUGAAAAUCCUCAUUUGCUACCGUCGAAUUACCCAAUUAAUAUAUCAUCAACACAAGGAAAUAGACAACAACAACAACAACAACAGCAAAUCAAUGCCAAUAAUCUUAUUAUGCUGAAUUUGGCAUCAUCAAAUCAUAAUAACAUGCCUAAUAAUGCUGGUAAAUCCCUUACAGGUGUUCGUCACAUAGAUAAUAGUUCUUUAAGAAAUUCUAAUAAUGUUACAAGUACACCGAUUCAUUUCAAUCCAUCUUCAUCGUCUAGUAUGACAUCAUUAACUUCUAAUAUACCAACUGUAACAUCAGCAAUGUCUAAUUCUGCAUCAUCUGUUGCUUUGGCUGCAGGUUUAGCACCAUUUGCAGCUGAUUUAAACUCAUUAAAUUAUUUGACAUCUGCAACUUUAGCGGCUGCCUUUCAACAACAACAACAGCAGCAACAACAACAACAAUUGAAUAAAUUUAUGUCAACAAGUAAUGCACCUUCCUCCUCCACCUCAUCAUCAUCAUCAUCAUCACAUCCACAUGCAAGCCCUUCUGGUCCAUCAAAUAAUUCUGGGCGUCGAUUCUUUUAAAUAUGCAUAGCAGUUGAAAUUUGUUUGUUUGUUUGUUCGCUUGUUUCCCUAAUGUGCAUAUUUAUCAUAGUCAUUGUAUCACUUAUACUAAUAUUACUUAUAAUUCAAUUGUAAUAUAAAUAUAUACUAAUGAAAAUUUAGUUGAUUAUGUAAUCGUGAAAAAUGUAAAGUUAUUUGUAUUCCUCUACAUACAACUAACUAUUUACAUUGUCAAUUGUUGUGUAAAAAGUUAUUCAAGAUUAUUGAUCAUAAAGUUUAGAAAUUAUAUUACCCUGUGACGGUCG